GACGGGAGGACCAGCGGGUGUAAAACAGAGGAAAUGUGUAAGUGUGAGCUGGUGUCAUGACAGCGGGGAACGUCGCGGCCAGGGUGUCUAACUGAUGCCAGGGAGAGAGUCCUAACGGGCUGGAGAGUCCCGGAACUCCGAGUGUGCACAGGUGAGAGGAGCAAAUCAACAUGCCUCCAAGACGACUCAGCAGAAAAGAGCAAAGGAACCUGUACAGCUCUUUGGCAUGGGAGCUGGUGAUCAUGGCCGGGACCGUCAUGUUGGCCUAUUACUUCGAGUACACCGACACCUUCACUGUGCACGUGCAGGGCUUCUUCUGCUACGACACCACCUACACCAAACCGUACCUGGGACCGGAGGACCGGAGCGCCGUCCCGCCCAUCCUGCUGUACGCCGUGGUGGCCGGGCUGCCCACGCUGCUGAUCACAGUAACAGAGACUGUGCUGUUCCUGGUCCAAUACACGUCCAAAGAGUUUGACCGAUCGGAGAAGACGGUGGCCACGGGGGACUGCUGUUACCUCAACCCACUGGUGCGCAGGACCUUCCGCUUCCUCGGAGUCUACACCUUUGGCCUUUUCGCUGUUGACAUCUUUGUCAAUGCAGGGCAGGUAGUGACAGGAAACCUGGCUCCCUACUUCCUAACAGUGUGUAAACCAAACUACACGGCAUUGGGCUGCCAACAGGCCCUACGCUACAUCAGCCACCAGGAGGCCUGUACCGGAAACCAGGAUGACAUCCUUCGGGCCCGCAAAACCUUCCCUUCCAAGGAGGCAGCACUCAGUGUCUACGCAGCCCUCUAUCUGGCUAUGUACGUGACGUGCACUGUGCAGGCGAAGGGCACCCGUCUGGCCAAACCGGUGUUGUCCCUCGGGCUCAUGUGUUUGGCCUUCCUCACCGGUCUGAACCGUGUGGCUGAAUACCGCAACCACUGGUCAGACGUCAUCGCUGGCUUCAUCAUCGGCACCGCCAUCGCCACCUUCCUGGUGGUGUGUGUGGUUCAUAACUUCAAGGGCAAGUUGCUGCUGAGUGAGGAGUCGCCGGCGGAGCAGCAGCCCACCGCGACCAUGCUGAACGUUGGUCGAGUGGAAAGUCCUCUGGAGAAGUACAUCGCCUCACAGAAUCACAUCGCCUUCGCUGAGGUCACAUGACGUGGAGUCAGCCGUGUGGCAGACCCACUGGACAUCCACGCUCUUCACCGUCCAGCCCUACUAACAGGAGUGCAGAUCUAACUCCGCCCUGUGUGUGUGUGUCUGUGUGUGUGAGCUGCUGUACUUCGUCCUGUGUCGUCUUUUUCAGGCCUAUGUUUAUAUUUGCAGGAAAAACGGGGGUCAGAGACCCUCCUGGGACAGGUUGCUUCUGCUUUCUCCAUCUAUGCACUUCCUCUGAAUCCUUGUCAGACUUCCCUAACAGGUCUUUUCUGGGAGGAAGGUUCCAUCAUGGACUCCUGGGAGACCAGAAGAACGAGCAAAGACCUGGAUCCAUCAUCUCACCUCUGUCCUGGUCAAAUACUAUCUUCAUCUGUGUGAAAUAGCAAUGUUCCAAUAAUAUGGUAGCAACAAGCUCUCAGUCAACAAGCUGAUCGUGUCUGUUCUGUCUUCAUUAAGUUAAUGAACCUUUUCACGUUUUACAUCAUUUUUAUACCAUCAGGACACGAGUCCAGCUUAAAACGUUACACUGAUGCUGAGUUAAACCUCAUUAAACACAUCAAGGUGCAAGAUAAAUAAACACAUUCCUCACUCACCGAUUAGGAAUUUGUUUAUGGUUAAAGCUGCUCCCAGUUUAAAAGAGCUCCACAGACCAGUUAGUUCUGGGCUAAGACUACUUCAUAUCUGUGCCCCGUAACACCAGAUUAAGUGUUUUCUAUCGUUAAAUCAUGCUGUGAUGAGGCUGAAGUCAGUACAAAGCUAUUAAAUCUUUUCCCAGUGCCAGUAGUAGCAUCUCAGAGGAGAAGCCUGUAAGCUCCAGCAGCAUGAAGGAUGGGGGUCCAGGUUCUGCUAGACCAGCUCGGAGCUCCAAGUAGCAAAUCUGAAACCUGGAAACUUUUUCAUCUUUGUUUUGACGUGUAAUUUAUUGUUCUGGACAUCUCAUUGAAGAUGUGUGUGUGUCUGUGUGUGUGUACAGUUAGCCAAUGAAAACACUCCAGUCUUGCUGUACUGUAACAAAGGUUUCUAUCGGCACUAGACAAUCACCUCCUCCUUUCCUUCCUUCCUUCCUUCUGAUUUCGUAAUUUAUGCACCUCUCAGUGGGAUCAUUAUAGUCUGAACUCAUGUUUUAUUUGGUUUUAAAUCAGGUUACAGUGAUGUUUGCUCAGAGUUGACAGAAAUGUUGGUCCCAUCGCUGUCUCACUCAGUGAUUGUUUGGACCCUGACCAACGAUUUACAGCCUGGUUGGAGGAUUUCAGCCUCACACAAAGCAGUUUCUUUGGUUCUUAGAAGAGUUUGUUCUUCCUCUGUUCCUCUGUUGUUCAUAUCAGUUCUAAUUGUGUAGGCACUGUUGAAACAUGGAAUAACUUAUUUACCAAAGUUUAAUGAUACAUAACAAUUAUGUAAAGAGCAGAAAAGCAAAAUAUAUUUAUAGAAACGUAGUGCAUUCACAAGGAAAAGA